UCCCGUAAACAUCACUAGUAUCGAUCAAUGUAAAGACCAGCGUUGAUAUCGAGACUAUCGACAGUCGGAUCGAUCCGCCCACCACUACUUUCAGUAGCAGCAGCAACCAGCGGCUGCAGAGAGACAAGGGGGGGACAGCAACGGAGGAGAGAGGUCGAGCGAGUGGACAUUUGCUACAUCCAGAAGCCACGAAAACGACCGUGACAUAAGACAGAGCCCGUCAGCAGACACACAGACAGAGCCAUGGUGGAAUACUACCAGAUAUUAGGAGUUCAGAAAAAUGCAACGCAAGAGGACAUCAAAAAAGCUUACAGAAAAUUGGCUCUGAAAUGGCAUCCAGACAAGAACCCAGACAACAAGGAUGAAGCAGAGAAAAAGUUCAAAGAGCUGUCAGAGGCGUACGAGGUGCUCUCAGACGAAAACAAGAGGAAUAUAUACGACCGAUAUGGCAAAGCAGGCCUCUCUGGUGGAGGAGGAGGAGGGGGAGGAGGCCAUUACGAUCACUUUGGCGGCAGCGGCUUCACAUUCCGUAAUCCCGAGGACGUUUUCAGGGAAUUCUUUGGCGGCAGAGAUCCAUUUGCAGACUUUUUUGCUGACGACCCGUUUGAUGAUUUCUUCGGAGGUGGUCGCAGUCACCAGAGAGGCGCAACCCGGGGCAGGAUGGGUGGGUCGCUCUUUGGUUUCGGUGGUUUUCCAGCUUAUGGGCCUGGCUUCUCAGGGUUUGAUUCAGGUGCGUUUCACAGCAAACAACUUCAUAUUAGACUUUUUACAAGUAGAAAGUAUCACACGUUAUCCUUCUUAAUUAUUUUUUUAAACAUAGGUUUUAGCUCUUUUGGAAGCAUGGGUGGAGGAGGAUUCACCUCCUUCUCUUCAUCAUCUUUCGGCGGCGGAGGAGGCGGAGGGAUGGGUAACUUCAAGUCUGUGUCCACCUCCACCAAGUUCGUCAACGGCAGAAAAAUUACCACAAAGCGGAUCGUGGAGAAUGGCCAGGAGCGCGUGGAAGUGGUGGAGGAUGGUCAGUUAAAAUCUCUAACAGUUAAUGACAUCGCAGCCGAAGACCCCUUGGACGAGGACUUUCGUCGCCGCAGACCGAACGCGCUCCCCGGCCUUGGCCUGCACCAGCGCUACCUGAAGAACUCCGCCCAGAACCCCUCGGAGGAAGAGGAGGAGCACGGCCUGCAGAGCAUGAGCCUAACGAGAGGACACACGGACACCAAGAGGAAGAAACACUGGCUAAAAGAUGCAGACUCCAAAAAGAAAAGAGCUCCGCGACUCUUCCCUCGGUUCGGUGGACUCGGUACCUUUUUUUAAACACUUAACACACAUACACACACACACACACAUACACACACGUAUUUGUUGUUGGCAGAUGUGCCAUCAAUCAUAUGUGGCAUUAGUUCGUCUUUGCUAUGUAUCGAGAGGCCCAACGGCCCCACUGCUGCGCCAAAUCUCCUGUAUCAGCUGCAGCGCAGAUCAUAACUCCAGCCUGCGCAUCAUCAUCAGCCAAACGGUAGCCCCCAGAGACCUCGCGUCAACGUUUUGUUUUGUCUAAGAUGCAUUUGCGCUAAGUGGCCGUUGCUGUAUUUAUUGUGGGUGGGCCUGGCGGAUGUACAGUGAGCUUUAAGAAUUUAUUAAUCUCUUGUGAUUGGACUUUUCCGCUUUUUACAGCAUGUUUUGAGAAAAUGUUGUUGGAAGGGUUCAGGUAGGGGAAGAAUUUCAGUAGCAGCCUUGUUAGGAGUAAGCAUGGAAAUUACAGCACAAAUACAGUAUAGAAAGAGAAUUAGAGAAGGUCGAGCUGUUCGGUGUUCAUUAAAAGAGACAGUGAAGAGGGAUAACUGGUGUCACUGCUAUGUGAACUCAAUAACAUUAUCUACUCUUUUACUGCCACUUCUUAAACGUUACUAUUAGUUCAUCUUUGUUUUGUGUGAGUGGGUUCAGCAACAUGUUAACUUUUCAUGAGUGUAUCCGUAAAGGUUUUUUUUUUUUUUAAACGGUUUCCAUCAUCUGAUUUGUCCCUGAAUGACGGUUCUCAUGAUAACUGUGAGUGGAAAUGUCGGAAAAUGUUCAUUUUUUAUGGACUCCUACCAAUAAAUGCUUUAAAGAAAACCUG